UGGGGUGAAGAGAGCGGGGCCAAGUGAAGAGGGUGGGUGGGCGUGGGGUGAGCAGAGCAGAGACGCCGCCCCCAGCACGUGGCUCCCGACUUCCCCAUCUCCCUACAGACAGCGGCAGGCGGCAGCCGGGUUGGCAGUGGCGGUGGCUUCUCAGGAACUCAGCUACCCAGCUACUUUUGGGACACUGAAGCACAGAACGGGACCACUGGGAGUGGACUCUGGAGCCCUGGAAUUGAGUCCCAGCUUGACCACUGGCCUUCUGUAGAACUCCGAGCAAACUCUCUUGUGUGGUAUUCAGUUUCCCCAGGGUCAGUUGGAACCAUCUUGGAGGUCAGGACCCAGCUCUGGGAGGAGACCCGGGCACAGGGCAUGGAUCGCUGGGAGGCACUUCUCCUCUGCCUCUGCCUCGUGACUUCUCAGAGUGGGGCAGCAGAGGCUACCCAGGAACUGCGGAGCUGGAUGGAGAAAAUGGAGAUGGUGCCCAAGGGCCGGAUCUUGUCUCAUCUCGCUCAGUAUAUCCGCCAGCUUGAGUGGAGGCUGCUGAACACCAGCUUCACGGGCUGCAACCUGACUGUGCAGACAAGGAGCAUCCAGUCUCUGGCCUUCAAGCUGGGCUGCGACUUCAGUGGUCUCUUCCUGAGCAGCUCCACUCUGGAGCCCAUCCCAGGGACCCCAGCCCGACAUGCCAUGCAGUUCCCAGCAGAGCUGACCCGGGGGACCUGCCAGACCAACCCCAGGGAGCUGCGUCUCAUCUGUGUCUACUUCUCCACCUCCUUCUUUUUCCAGGAUGAUGCCAACUCCUCUCUGCUCAAUAACUAUGUCCUGGGGGCCCAGCUGGGCCACAGCCAUGUGAACAACCUCAGGGAGCCGAUCAACAUCAGCUUCUGGCACAACCAGAGCCUGGAUGGCUACACAGUGACCUGUGUCUUCUGGAAGGAGGGAGCCAGCAAGCUCAGUUGGGGGGCCUGGAGCCCCGAGGGUUGCCGCACAGAGCAGCCCUCACCUGCCCAGGUGCUCUGCCGCUGCAGCCACCUGUCCUACUUUGCUGUUCUCAUGCAACUCUCCCAGGCCCCCAUUCCUGCAGAGUUGCUGACACCGCUCACUUACAUCUCCCUCGUGGGCUGCAGCAUCUCCAUCGUGGCCUCGCUGCUGACCAUCUUGCUGCACUUCCAUGCCAGGAAGCAGAGCAACUCCAUAACAUGCAUCCACGUGCACCUGCACACCUCCGUGCUGCUCCUGAACGUCGCCUUCCUGCUGAGCCCGUUGCCGGCCAUGCCCUCUCUGCCCGGGCCGGAGUGCACAGUGCUGGCUGCCACCCUGCACUACGCGCUGCUCAGCUGCCUCACCUGGAUGGCCAUCGAAGGCUUUAACCUCUACCUUCUCCUCGGGCGUGUCUACAACAUCUACAUCCACAGAUACGUGCUCAAACUCUGCAUGCUGGGCUGGGGGUUCCCAGCCCUCCUGGUGCUCACUGUCAUCGCUGUCAAGAGCUCAGUGUAUGGACCUCACGUGAUCCCAGUCUCUGUUAGCCAGGAAAAUGGCAUGAGCUUCCAGAACGUGUCCAUAUGCUGGGUGCGGAGCCCGGCGGUGCGCUCCUUCCUGGUCGUGGGCUACUGCGGCCUCACGUCCCUCUUCAACCUGGUGGUGCUGGCCUGGACGCUGCAGGUCCUGCGCAGGCUGCGGGCACAGGAGCAGGCGCAGGGUGCCAGGGCCUGCCGGGACACCGUCACCGUGCUGGGCCUCACCGUGCUGCUGGGCACCACCUGGGCCUUGGCCUUCUUCUCCUUUGGCGUCUUCUUGCUGCCCCAGCUCUUCCUCUUCACCAUCUUCAACUCGCUCUACGGUUUCUUCCUCUUCCUGUGGUUCUGCUCCCAGAGGUGCCGUGCAAAGGCAGAGGCGAAGACGGCGGCAGAGAAGGAGGCCUUCAGUUCCUCCCACAUGAUGCAGUAGCCUGGAGCUCCCGUCCUGGAACCCCCCUGCCCCUCUGGUUGCCUGCAGCCCCAGGCCCCGGCUCCCAGCAGAGAUGGUGGCAUACUGACUGCUGGGUGCCAGGGGCCGCUGUGCCCUCCAGAGAGGUGAGCCCACCUCUGUGGCCUCCCCAGGCACAGAGAGGGCUGAGCGUUGCUCUCCCCUCUGGAACAUUCUGUUCAGGCCCAAGUCUACCUGCUGGCAGAGAACUUGGCCUUGGUGCCCUGGGCCCAGCCGGCCUGGGAGUCCGAAGGCCAGAGUCAAGGCUCGGCUGCGAGUCUCAGUGUAUGAUGUUGGAUCCCUCCUUCCUCACCAGCCCUCAGUUUCCACAUCUGUGGCCUGGGGGCAAGUGACUGCAGUUCCCCCUACCCUGCGGGCUUCAGGAAGAGAGUUGGAGUGACCUUCACCUGCCUGCCGGGGGCAGGGUCUUGGCCAGCCUGCCCUGGGAGCACCUGCAGGGCCUCCUUCCUCCUGGGAAGGGCCGGACUGGAGCCUGGCCUCGGGCCCCCAGCCCAGCACUUGGAGACCCCCCAGUGUCUGAGAACACUCCAGCCUUUGUCUGAGACCUCUUUUCCUGUAACCCCCAAAUUAUGAUGACUCCAAAUCCCCACUUUCUAAGGACCAGGGAGUACAGACCUUACCAGGGGUCCCCCACCAGUGCCCCUGAGACCCCCAUAAAUCAUUUAGACCAGGUGUCGGGGUCAUAGGGCUUCUUCAGAGCAUGCGGGGGGCGCCUCUUUCCUUCAGUUGAGCCAGCUGGGCCCCAGCGACCCGGCUAUUAGACGAUUGGGCAGGAAUGAAUGAAAUUUCCCUGGUGUGAGUUCUAAAUCCCCAACUCAGGCCGCAGUUGCAGAGAAUCACCUGUCGGCCACAUGGGAUCCCGGCUCACGUGAGGCCAGCGCCGCUCCCAGGCCGCACACUAGGGGGCAGUGUUGGCCUGUGCGCAGAGGCCGUGGGGCUGGGAACACGACGGGACCCGCGGUCACCUGGCUGUGGCCUGGAAGCACAGGUUGGAGAGGCCCGGGCUUCCAGGACUUCACCUGAUAAACGGCCGGCAGGCAGAAAUGCGGCACCAGUCACACGGCCAUUUCUCUCUUUCCCGAUGCAGCUGCCCCUCUGGCGCUCUGGGUCUUGUGUCCCUGGAAAGCGUGACACCGGGACAGCUGCCCCAGCCCACCAGACAGGUUUUAUUGACCUUGAACAUCACAGGGAAUUGGAGCCAGACCCCUUUUCUCGCAGGGAGGUUCUCUGCCCAUAUGCACAUUUCUGGAUGCAAAUAGCUCUUUACGCAGUGGUGCCUGGAGCCAGACUGCCUGGGCUCCAGUGCCAGCUCUGUCACUUGCUAGCUGUGUGACAGUGGGCAAGUCACUUGACCUCUCUGGGCCUUAGUUUCCCCAUCUGUAAAAUGGAGGUAAAAAUAGUACCUGUUUGGAAGAUUGAAUAAGAUAAACCCACGUAAAGAGACUCCGCACAGAGCAAGUGCCCAAUAAAUGGCUGUUACGGUUGGCAUUUGGAUCCGUGCUCUUAUUACUAAUGGGGUCACCCGAGUCUCAGAGGCCAACCUGUGUGAGCUGCAGGCCCAGGUCUGCUCAGCGUCACAGGCCCAGGUGCUCCUUCGGCACAGCCGCUAUCCACUGCUUUCUUGCCUCCCCACCCGCCACCACCUCCCUUCCCAGCAUGGCUUCAGCCUUGCUGGCCUUUGGCAGUUCUCAGACUAAUUUCCACAUGUUCUGAUCUAUUUAAAUUCCCAGGAGCUCAUUUGUCGGGUCAUUCAUGAAAUAUCCCCCAACCCCUUGCUGAGAAGUCCUCUUUCCCGUACUAGCUCCAGGCAGAACAGCUGCUCGCCUGUCUCAGGGU